CUCACCCAGUACCACGUAGAUGUAAUGUAGGGCGCUUCCAGCUUGUAAUGCCGGAACGUAGGAGGGAAAGGAGUGAAAGCUAAAUAACUAGCUCCUUGGAUUGGAUCAGGUACGAGGCGAUCGAUCGGCACUUGGGUCGCUCCAAGCUGCGACUUUGGCCACUGCCCACGAGAUUUCUGGGUGGAAUCGCCAGACCCAUCAAACGGUAAAUGGGAGAAACCCAUCGAUUUCUCUCAAACGGCCAGUUUGACGAUUUUGCGGCGCCCACACCACGAUCACCACCACGAUCACUGUAGCUACAAGAAAGGGAUCGCCAAUCCCUCCGCUAGCUGGCUCGCAUUCCCCCCCUUCUCAUCACUAUCACCAUCUUCUCUUUGUUUGUUUUCUCUUUCUUUGUUAUUUUUUCGAAAGUAGUAAGAGCUCUCUCUCUCUCUCGCUCUCUCGCUCUCGCUCUCUCUCUCAAUCUCGACUUUGAUUUGAUCCAUCGGCGCCAAGAACAGAGUCGCGAGCUCGGUCUUCCUAGUGGGUUUUGGAUCUGGAUGCCUGCGAGGCUCGGGGGGAACAGCAAUGGAUGGAUCGAAUGUGGGUGCUCGAGAUGGAGGCGACCCACAUUGGGGAUAUCCGGCGAGCCACACCCUGAUCUAGCAGCUAGAAGAGAGAAACACCCAUCGAUCCGAUCGGCUCGAUCGAGCGACGCCUCCCAAUGGGCGGCAGUGGCAUGCUCAACAGCCAGCUCUCCAAGCCCACGGGCUUCUUCGGCCUCCGGCUAUGGGUAGUGAUUGGAAUCGGCGUUGGCGUCUUCAUCGUUUUCAUCCUCUUCCUCCUCUCGGUCUGGCUCGCCUCCUCGCGCCGCCGGAGGAAGAGCUCCAGCCCAUACCAUCGCAAAUUCCCGCCGCCACCGCCGCCUCUCUCCUCCUCCUCGGGGGGCGCCACGCCCGCGGCGCCGCCGUCGCUCCACCGCAUCCCCGCCGUGUCCAAGGAGAUCAAAGAGGUCGUCCCGAUCGCGCUGCCCAGCUCGGGCACCGCUGACUCGGUCCUCCUCACCAUCUCGGACAAGACCUCCGACUCCAAGUCCGAUAAGGUCUACGUCCACGUCGGAUUCAAUCGCCGCGCCGCCGCCGCCGCCAAUGCCUCCACCUCCUCCGCAGGCUCCACCGCGAUCGUCGGGGUGGAGAUGGGCGGUAGCCGGCGGAGGAACAGCUCCGAGAUCACGGAGGAGUCCUCCGCCGCCGCCGCCAAGAAUCUCCAAAUUGUCCGGGCUGGCGGAGCCUACUACUCGGACAGCCCGGUUGCGGCGUCCACGACCACAACCGGAUCGCACGGCUGGAGUGGGGAUUCCGGGGCUCUGGUGGAGAAUUUGAAUAACACCCCCACUAGUGGCCCUGGCGGGGGCCCAAGUGGGGAGAAUAGCGUGGUGUCGCGGCUGGGGUGGGGGCAUUGGUUCACGCUCCGGGAUUUGGAGGCGGCGACGUGUGGUUUCUCGCCGGAUAAUGUGUUGGGGGAGGGCGGCUAUGGGAUUGUCUAUCGCGGGUGCUUGGGCGAUGGAACUCCAGUGGCGGUCAAGAGCUUGCUUAACAACAGUGGUCAAGCCGAGAAGGAAUUCCGAGUAGAAGUAGAGGCCAUCGGUCGGGUGAGGCACAAAAACCUGGUGCGUUUGCUCGGCUACUGCGUGGAGAUAAAUUACAGGAUGCUGGUAUAUGAGUACGUAGACAAUGGUAAUCUGGAGCAGUGGCUUCACGGCCCAGCCUCCAUUCUCAACUCUCCAACAUGGGAAGUUCGGAUGAAAAUCGCUCUUGGAACAGCCAAAGCGCUUGCUUAUCUACACGAAGCUCUAGAACCCAAAGUUGUCCACCGCGAUAUCAAAGCCAGCAACAUCCUCUUAGACGCACACUGGAAUGCCAAGAUCUCCGACUUUGGUCUCGCAAAGCUGCUCGGAUCCGACAACAGUCACGUAAAAACCAGAGUCAUGGGGACUUUCGGCUAUGUCGCUCCAGAGUACGCUAACACUGGUCUACUCAACGAGAGAAGCGACGUUUAUAGCUUUGGAGUUCUUCUCAUGGAGAUGAUCACUGGGAGAGAUCCAGUCGAUUACUCACGACCUUCGGCAGAGGUGAACUUGGUAGAUUGGGUGAAGCUCAUGGUAGCAAGUAGGCGAUCGGAAGAAGUUGCCGAUUCCCGCCUAGAUGCCAAGCCAUCGACGAGAGCUCUCAAGCGAGCGCUUCUUGUGGCUCUCCGCUGCGUUGAUCCGGACGCGAUCAAGAGACCCAAGAUGGGAUACAUCGUUCACAUGCUGGAAUCUGACGAUUUCCCUUACAGAGAGGAGACGAGAUUAUCCAGCAGCGCGAUGAGCAAGCGCACCGAUUUUAGGCAGGAGCAAAUGAGCAGCGAGCUCUCGGAAGGGAUGGUUCCUUCCUCCUCUUGUAAAGAAACAGGAGGAGAAGCUACUCUUUAAAGUGGAAAUAUAUUCGUAGUAUAUUCUAGA